GAAACUAAUUAAUAUAAAGAUGAUAAAAUAUGUUAAUUAGAUGAUAAAUUUAAUACUUUAAAUAACUAAAAUGAUAAACUUAAAACACUCAUACAAGAUAAAAACAAUUAACUUGAAAAACUUAACUUACUUACUAAUCAAUAAUAAGAUUAAAUAGAAGAAUUAAAAAAACUAGAAAUAGACUGCUAAAAUAAGGAUAACUAAAUAGCUUAAUUAAUAAAUAACGUUGACUUGUGGAAAGGUUAAUUUUAGAAAUAGCAAAAAACAUUAGAUGACUUAUUAAAAUAUUAAGAUAUAUGUAAAUAAUAAGAAGGAAAAUUAGACUUAUAACAAUAAUAAAUUGACAGGUUAAAUAGAAAUAUAAAAAAUAUAGUAUAGGAAGGUGAUAAUAAUAAAGCUAAAAUUAAUGAGCUUGAAAUGUAAGCUUUAUAAAAAAUACAAUUAGAGGCUAAAUUAAAAGAAUAAGAAAAUAAAAAUUUUAUAUAAGGAAAAGAUCUUUAAUUAUUAAAUGAUUAAGUCUAGCAAAAACACUAAUAAAAUGAAGACCUUAUUGAUAAAAUUAAAGAAUUAGAAAACAUAAAUAGUAAUUUAAAUUCAUUUUAAGAAAAAUCUAAAAACUAAGAAAAUUAAAUAAAAAAACUUAAUUAACUUCUAAAUGAAGAAAUGGGUAAAGCACAUGAAUUAUAGUUAUAAUGUGAAAAAGCAAAAUUUUAAGAAGGCAAAAUUAAAGUAUAAGAGUAAAAGAUUGCCUAACUUAACCAAGAAAUUGAUAAAUUAAAUAAAUAAAUACUCCAUAAUAACAAAGAACAAGAGCAAUAAAGGAACUAAUUAUCAAAUUUAUAAGAACAAUUACAUAAAGCAUAAAAAUAUGAACAAAAAUCCCAAGAUUUAGAUAUUAAAUUAUGUAA